AUGAUGACAUUCUUCCUACAGACUUUUCUUCUAGCUUGCUUUGUACAGACCAAGAUCUAUCGUCGCUGUGAGUUGGCUCAUGUCUUGAAGAAGAAUGGGAUGGAUGGAUAUGAAGGUUACAACCUAGCCAGUUGGGUCUGCAUGGCAUUUUAUGAAACUGGCUUUGACACCAAGACGAUUGAUCAUCACAGAGGUGGCACCAAAGACUAUGGCAUCUUCCAUAUCAACAGUGGUUUGUGGUGUAGAGAAAAUAAUUCCUUAUCAAAGGCCUUUUGUGAUAUAGCUUGCUUAGAUUUGCUGAAUCCUGAUCUUGAAGAUGACAUCAUGUGUGCCAAAAAGAUUGUGAAAGGCUCCACUGGCAUGGCUGCCUGGCACCAGUGGAAAAAGCACUGUGAAAACCAUGAUAUGAGAAAGUGGGUAAACGGGUGUAAGAUUUGA